UAAAACGACAACCUUCACUGAAGGUCAAAGGUCGACGUUUCAUUCCCGUGGUGUUAAAAACGUAAAAAACUGUCAUUUUUAGGGUGAAAAAUCAUCAGAAUGGCACGAAUUCCACCUGGACUGAUUAUCAACCCGGCCCCCGGUGUGCGGUACAAAGUGCCAGCCGUGAAAAAACUCACCAAGGAACUAAUUUUGAAAGAUAAAGUGAAGUUUCAGAAAAACAGACUUGGAGCUGCCACGUGUCUCACAGAGAUGAGCCUUAUGAUGGCCUGCUGGAAGGAAAAUGACUUCAAGGACUCUGCAUGUGCCAAGGAGAUAGCUGCGUUCCAUAAGUGCACACAAGAGGCAACGAAAGAGCGGCGGAGAGUGAAGGAGGCAGAUCUGAAGGGUGUUGUACAGGAAGGACGGCUCAGCAGCAGAAACACCAACAAGUUAUUACAAAGAUUUCCUCAUCCGGUCAAACCUCACUAGCAAAGAU